AUGUUAUCCUCAGGGCGUUCAACACCUCUUUCAUGGGCCGCCGCCAACGGACACGAUGAUGUGCUGAAAACGCUUCUCGACACAGAUGGGGUCGACGUCGACUCGAGAGACAAGUAUGGCCGCACACCUCUUUCAUGGGCCGUGGAGAAGGGACACGAGGCGGUAGUUGAGAUCCUUCUUGAUACGGGCAAGGUCGACGUUAACUCUAGAGACAAGCGCGGUCACACACCUCUUGCAGGGUCAGCCGAGAAUGGGCACGAGGCGGUAGUCAAGACACUUGUCAACACGGGCAAGGUCGACGUCGACUCCAAAGCAAAGUACGGCCAGACGCCUGCUUUAUGGGCUGCCAAGAGCGGACACGAGGCGCUGGUCAAGAUGCUUCUCGACACGGGCAAGGCCGACGUCAACUCCAAAGACGAGCACGGCCAGACAUCCUUCUGA